AUGAGUAAACUUUGUAGACAAGUGUCAAUUGAAUCCCCUGGACCCACUCUUAAAGAAUGUGUAUUUAGUUUUGAUGUACCCGUGCCAGAUGUUCCAAUGUAUGGUGCAAGAAUAAGAGUUGUUUAUGCUGGUGCUUGCUAUAGAGCUAAUAGAACUCGAUCAGCAUCAGUUUGCAGUACUUCCUCCAUUUCCUCUAUAGGAAGUUUGACAGGGGAGAUGGAAAGCUUUGGCAUACAUACAUCAACACCAGCACAUGUUGGCUUACGAGAUGGUGCUUUGUUUCCUGGGUAUGAAGUUGCCGGUAUUGUGGAUGCUAUUGGCAAAGCUGCAGAAUGUACAGAUGACAUUAAAAUAGGAACAAGAAUAGUUCUCUACCCAAAUGAAGGUGUUCCGCAUGGAUAUGCUGACUACAUUGUUGUCCCAGAUUUCCACUGCCUAGUGAAAGUACCAGAGAAUUUGCCUCUGAGUAUUGCGGCUAUGUUGCCAACUGGAGCUUUACUUGCCAUGAAUACUGUUAAUACUGCUAUUGAAUGUCUCAACACUAUAAUUGAGGGACCUGGCAAAAAGGAAAAAGCAACUGUUUUGAUUGUUGGAACUGGUGGACUAGCUCUUUGGGCGCUUCGUAUCGCAUCGUUCUAUUUCCAAAGAUUGCCCUAUCAUGAACGAAUUCGUAUAUCAGUCGCAACGUUGAAAGAUGAAGGAAUUGUUUUGGCUCAAGAAGACGAAGAUGUGUCCGUGGUUCAAUGGUCGGAGGAUCUCUACGAGCGUCAGUUGGUGGAGCGUACUAUAGAUGCGUGCGGCGGCUUUGUCGACGUCGUGCUUAAUUUUGGAACUACCUCACGUUCGCUGCAUCGCUCCUUACAGUGUCUAGCCCCGGGCGGUAUGGUACUUGUGACGGAAGACGUGGGCGAUAAACUUCUACCUAAAUUUGCUAAGAAAGCCGAUGAAAUGAACGUCAACAUAGUCGCUGUUCAGAAUGGCACCAUCGAACAACUCAGGGAACUGGUUGAACUUGUAGCUAACGGGACUAUCGAGCCUCCUCCACACUCGGUGUUCCCCGCUGAGGAGGCCCAGGAGGUUGUCAGGAAGCUUUGCAACUCAGAGAUCAAAGGACGUGCCAUUCUUAAGUUCCACGACAUCGACUAA